UCUAGCUUCCGGUGACAUGAGCGCAUCAAAACAAUUUUGUCCCCUGCGAGUUGCCGUUGCCUCCUUCUCUCCGGUUAGCUCGAGCUGUGAGUCCCAAAAAUGGCGAACGUGGUGCUGGAGUUUAAGGCUUCUGCCGGUGACUCAGAGCUACACAUUCGCCCUGUCCUCAUUAUUGGACAGCUAAGCAACCUGCAGCAAGUCAACUGGAGCCAAAUCAAAGGAAAGCUACAGCCGGCCGUCAGUAACGAGACCUGGCAGGCAGCUCUAAGUACUUUGAACCCAAACCCCACGGACAGCUGCUCUCUGUACCUCAACCAAGCUGCUGUGGCUGCCCUUCCUUCACGCGUCAGCCGACACAACAGCCCCUCUUCUGCCCACUUUGUUUCUCGCAUAGUCCGCUCCUGCCUUCCUGGAGGAAACAAUCGCUGCAUUGUGAUGGUGUGUGAGCGUUCAGACGUGUUUGCUUCCAGCUGUGCCAUUGCCAGGGCUUUUCCCAUCUUCUCUCGCCGCUCCACCGCCUCACGCAGGACAGACAAAAAGCAUGUGACCGUGGAGUUUCUGAUUGUUGGAAAUGACAGCAGUUCUUUGCACCUUGCAGAACUUGAGUGUCUCUCCAACACUGCUGAUGGAGUUCGACUGGCAGCUCGCAUCGUGGACACACCAUGCAAUGAGAUGAACACAGACCAUUUCCUGGAUGAAAUAAAAGCUGUAGGAGACGAGGUCGGCAUCAGGCCGGUCAUCAUCCGUGGAGAGGAGCUGAAACAAAAAGGGUUUGGAGGUAUUUAUGGUGUUGGAAAGGCAGCAGAGCAUCCUCCAGCAUUAGCAGUUCUGAGCCACACGCCGGAGGGGGCGACCCAGACCAUUGCAUGGGUGGGAAAGGGCAUCGUGUAUGACACAGGAGGACUUAGCAUCAAAGGAAAGACCACCAUGCCUGGGAUGAAGAGAGACUGUGGGGGGGCGGCUGCCAUUUUAGGAGCUUUUAAAGCCACUAUUAAGCAGGGCUUCAAGGAUAACCUUCACGCAGUGUUCUGCCUCGCUGAGAACUCAGUCGGACCCACAGCCACUCGACCUGAUGAUAUCCACACUCUCUACUCUGGAAAGACGGUUGAAAUCAACAACACAGAUGCGGAGGGCAGGCUGGUGCUGGCUGACGGCGUCGUCUACGCCUGCAAGGACUUGUCUGCUGACAUCAUCUUGGAUAUGGCCACCCUGACAGGAGCUCAGGGAAUCUCCACAGGAAAGUACCACGCUGCUGUGAUGACCAACAGCGAGCAGUGGGAAGUGGCUUGUGUUCGCGCCGGCCGCAGCAGCGGGGAUCUCGCCCAUCCCCUUGUCUUCUGUCCUGAGCUGCACUUCAGCGAGUUCACCUCCGCUGUGGCUGACAUGAAGAACUCAGUGGCUGAUCGUGAAAAUGCCCAGAGUUCCUGUGCUGGUCUUUUUAUUGGUUCUCACCUGGGCUUCGACUGGCCUGGCGUCUGGGUCCAUGUUGACAUCGCUUCCCCUGUUCAUGCUGGGGAGCGUGCCACUGGUUUUGGCGUUGCUCUGCUCAUGGCUCUCUUUGGUCAGGCGUCGGCAGACUCCCUGCUGAACAAAGUGUCUCCUCUGGGUGCUCUUACCAUCAGGGCUGAAGACGAGAUGGAGCGCGACUGCAAGAGAAGAAGACUUGUUUAGAAGCUGUUCACUCCUCUGCUGGCCUACUGCCACAACACGCCCCAAACAUACUGUCAAACCUUCGAUUUCAUUUGACUUCACUGCAAAAGCUCAUCACGUGUAAACACUCGUGAGGCUUCCCACUGUGUCCUGCAGAAAGGUGUCGGCGUGUUAGCUUCAGCAGAGACUUCCUGUUUUGUAAUUAUCUGUCAACAAAUUUAUUACCAGCUUCAGAUGUGCCCUCAUACCUCACAAGCUUUAGCUUUCACGGAGAAUUUGAUACUUUAUGCAAUCCAAGGAGUAUGCCAUACAUGUUGUCUUAGAAAUUGUGAAAUGUACUUGAUUGCACAGUUCUAUUUGCUCUCGAUAACAAAUACGUCUCCAUCUUGCUUAGAACAGUUGUGAUCUUUGAGCUCGACGGAGGACUGGGUUUACACUUUGAUGAUGUUGGAUGAGCCUGAUCGCAAUGAAAUGCAACAUUUGAUCGUUCUUUCUUUGUCUGAUUGGUGCACAAAUACAAUCUUUUUUUGGGGGUGCCAACUGUCUUUUUUUGUGUAUUACUCUCUAAAAUCAAAUUACCUUUAAAGUUGAAUUGUAGUCUAUAAAUUCACUUGUUAUUCUGGCAAUCUUUGCAAUUUCUAUAAUAAAGUCUCCAAACAAGCAUUA